AUGUCACUCGAGUUCACAGCGCAAGCCAGGGCAAAGGCUUUCGUGGACGGCCUCGCACACGGCCUCAACUACGUUGAACACGAUUCUACGGAGAUAUUAGAGCCCGAGAUUCGACGGCUGGUGGAAUCCUCAUGGGAGCAGAAACAUAAGGCCCGCGAUGCAAUAGACUCAUUGACGAAGAAUCUUGAAAACGGCAACGCUUGCUUCAGUAGUUUUGUCUUCGAUCUGUUGCGAAAUGCCGAUGACAACAAUUUCUCGAAAGCACGAUCCCAUUCUGAUAUACCAACUAUGACUUUCAAGGCUUCUCCCUCUUGCAUCACUAUUGACUGUAACGAGGAUGGAUUCACGCCAGAGAACCUUGUAGCCCUCUGUGGCAUUGGUCAAAGCUCCAGGCCAGGUACUGGGCCAUACUUCGGUAACGAAGGACUCGGGUUUAAGUCAGUCUUCAUGGUUUCAUACAAGGUACACAUACAAUCUGAGAGCUACUCCUUCUCCCUCAACUACAAACUUGGGCAGUCAGAGUCAGGAAUGGGUAUGAUUACUCCAACAUGGGAAGAUUUUCAAGACAGGCCACCGUCCGGUAUUACAAGAACGAAGUUAUUUCUUCAUCCUGAGACGAGAUUUUCAUCAAUUCUACAGCAAUUUGAAGAAAUACAGGCUGCGCAUCUAUUGUUUUUAAGAAACAUACGACGUAUCAGCAUAAUCUACACGAAUGACAGCGAUGCAAUCUUUCUAUCUCAAGAAUUCUUGAAACAGCACGAUACUGAAAGUCUAGUGUCGGUGACCAAGGAACAAGACGGCGUCAAGAUAGAGACGCACAACUUUUACGUCACUAAAUACGUCACCCAAAAUGUAUCGCGGCCUCAGAGGCAGACAACCCCCAAAAUCGAGAUAAAGUCAAAACGAUCGUCAUCAGAGGUUGUUCUUGCAUUUCCACUAGAUGAAACUAAGAUGAAUCCAGCCACGAGCAGUCAACAAGUAUUUGCAUUCUCGGCGAUAGGAAACAUGGGAUUCAAAUUCUUGAUCCAGGCAGACUUUGAGAGAAAUGGAAGCGGCCAUGAUAUCGAUAACAAUUCAAGAAAAAAUCGAUAUCUUCUUGGACCUAUCACAACAGCGUUUGGAAAAACGAUGCAUAAGCUUGCCGAGGACGGCCAUUUGCGCUACAAAUGGAUGAGGUAUUUGCCUCAAAAUUGCGAUCAGCCUCGAAUCCCUCCAGGAUACUGGAUGGAUCUACAUGACAGCAUAAAGAACACAAUGAAAUUUAAAGAAUUAAUGCGCUGUUCAAACAGCUCACUUACUUUACAAAUCUACCGCCUUAGAAGACUUCCGUCUGAAGCAAUGGACAAUGAGAAAACUCCGAUCUUCGAAUUCCCAUUUACCAUAGCUACAUUACCGUCAAAAGCAUACGAUGAAUCAGACCUUAAUUUAUUGACUGAGUACGGAUUGAGAUUUGCGGACACGGCGGAUAUUCUCCGAACUAUCUCACAAGAUCUCGGGAGACGGCGUCCACAAAUGAAGUCUUCUGCAACAAGUGAACAAUGGCACACAGCUGCGGCGAAACUUUUGAUAUUUCUACUGGACAAAGUAGGGAAAUGCAAUUUUGAUGACGUCAGCAUCUACAAUAUGGAUUUGAUUCCCUUGGUAGAUGGCAGAUGGGUGAGAGCAUCUGCCAGAGAGAACCCAUUGUCAUUCUCCAGCGUCGAUGGGCUCACCAUACCAGAGGACUUGCCUUUAAAUCUCAUCAGCCCACUGGCAGCCCAAAACGAGGCGAGAGCGGCUCUUUUCAAACGCCUUGGAGCGAAUGUCUCUUCCCUCUCAGAUAUACAAAAACUUAUUUUUAACAAAUACCCCAGCGACAUGUACUUAGACAACUCCCUUGAAAAGGCUGGUCUAUCACAGGAAAUCUCAGUCAAGCACUUACAGUUUCUCUAUCUCUCUCAUAAUAAGGCCCCUGCGGAUGCCGCAGAUCUAAGGAAAAUCGCAGUCUUCACUGAGAAUUCUGUGUUGAUACGCCCAGCUUUGGAAGAAGUCUAUCUUUUGAGCCACAAUACUCAAACCGGCGCAGAGAAACUCCUAAUGUCAGACGAGUCUCCAGAUGGCUUUGGGCUUCAUAUCUUGUCGUCAUGUUAUUAUCGUGCCAAAUGGCAGCAGGAGGAUGGGUGGAUCAACUGGCUGCAAACUACUCUCGGUAUCUGUUCACGUUUGAAGCUCAUCGAUGACAAUGGGCCUACGUCGACAUUUCGAUCUAUAAUAUCUCAUCGGAAGAACAACCUUCUCGCUGUUCUCCAAUGCUGCUGGCCUGAUAUUGAUAAGACGAUACGGCAAUAUCCAAGCCUUAUAAAUGAGAUUUCCCACACACUCGUGCCAUGCGGGGAUAGAUGCAUCGAACUGUCAAGCACUCAUCUCCCCCUUCCCGAUCUCGUCGCAACUUGCUCCGUUUACCUAGAAAACGUGAAUUCCUUCCCAUUCCUGGAUCUUUCAAAUACGCUGGCGCCGAACGACCUGUCUGCUUGGACAUUUCUAUCCGAUAUUUUCAUGUCGGCAGUUCGAAAAGUGAGACAUUCUAUUUGGAUAUACUUCAGAUCGUGGCACAAGCUGAUCACGAGGGUGAAUACGGUGAAGCUGCCCCGGAACGAGCUUUUGACUUAUACAGGUUAUUAUGCCACGCAAUGGGUGACAUGA